CGACAGAGUAAUAAUAACCUAAUAUUUGGGCUCAGAGAGGUAUUGAACCACCGCGUCAGAUGGCGGUACCAGAUUACUCCCUGUCUAGUCAAGUUUGGCCUCGCUCACACCGGCAACUGUCACGCGCUGUUGCUAUGCGGCGGUUUCAGUACACGGGGCGUUACUAGGGAAGGGGUACGCGGGGCGGAGCACAGGCCGCGCUGACUACUGGGACGGUGGUGGUGUGUAAAUUAGUGUCUGUCAGCGAGGCUCAGUAAUGGUGCGUGUCCCUUGUGUCCGCUUCGUUGCCCGGCCAUGAAUGCGGUUUGUCAAGGGGUAACUAACGGGUCAGAAGAACGAUAGACGAGCCUUGCGUCGUCCAGUCUUUGCCUCUUCGCUUCGACGGUGACUUUAUCCAGCCUGCGGUUUAGCCGGUCGCAGUAGGAGACAGCGGCGGGCCCGGUUGCGUUCGCCCCGGCGAGGCGAGGGAUCACGGCAAGCGGGGGAGCCACGAGAGAGCGGCGGCGGCGGGAGGACCGGCGAGCUAGGAACGGCCGAUGAGUUCGGAGCAGGACGGAGGGCUGCAGAAGCAGGAGGAGGCCCAGCUGGGAUCGGACACCGGAGGACCGACGGAAACAGCAGUCGAUAGGAGCGAACGCCAGGGCGGCAUGGUCACCUCUAAAGGAGCUGGCCUGAAUCCUAAUGCCAAGGUGUGGCAGGAGAUCUCCUCAGCUCCCAGUGAAGCUCCUGUCGACGGCGGUGACGGUUCUCAGUGGCAGCAAAUGUCCCCCACUGACAUCACUGGAGGGUUUUCGGAGGCUCAUCCUGCAGAACAUAAAGCUGGCAGUGUGGAGCUGACAGACCUUGCGGAUGGUGGCUCGUCCUCUCUGUCUGAGGCUGUCGUCAAUGGCGUUGAUUCCCCUGACCUGGCCUUUACAGUCUACGAGCCAGUGUCUGGGCUUGCGGGUGAUGUAUCGCAGGAGCAGCCUAUUUCACCAGAGAACUUGCGUGAAUCUCUCAAGAAGCAGCUGGAGUUCUGCUUUUCCAGAGAGAACUUGUCCAAGGAUUUGUACCUGAUGUCUCAGAUGGACAGUGACCAGUUCGUUCCCAUCUGGACCAUCGCCAGCAUGGAAGACGUCAAGAUCCUCACCACUGAUAUGGACCUCAUCUUGGACGUACUACGUGCCUCUCCCAUGGUGCAGGUGGAUGAGAAGGGGGAGAAGGUGCGUCCCAACCACAAGCGCUGUAUCAUCAUUCUGAGGGAGGUGCCGGAGACCACGCCUGUGGAGGAGGUGGAGGCUCUCUUUAAAAAUGACGGCUGUCCCAAGGUCAUAAGUGUUGAGUUUGCCCACAACAACAACUGGUACAUUACAUUCCAGUCUGAUACGGAUGCCCAGCAGGCAUACAGAUACUUAAGGGAAGAGGUGAAAACAUUUCAGGGAAAACCGAUCAUGGCUCGGAUAAAGGCCAUCAACACUUUCUUUGCCAAGAACGGCUACCGUGGCCUGGACUCCAGCAUGUAUUCACCACAGUCCCAGUCUCCGUCCCAGUACAGCUCCCCUCUCUUCAUGCAGCAGCUCUACGGCCCCCAGCAGCAGUACCCAGUCUAUGGCAUCGUUCCGCCGGCAUGGGCGCCCUCCCCAACGCCCUACUUUGAGACGCCCUUGGCUCCCUUCCCAAAUGGUAGCUUUGUCAACGGGUUCAGCUCGCCCAGCACUUACAAAACUAGCUCUGGCUCCCUCAACCUCGGCCGGCCCUUCCACAGAAGCCGUGUCCCCCUGUAUUCCAGAAAGAAUGUAAUAAAUGCCUUCAGGAAUCAUGUGAAGCCCCACCCCCGCGCAAGUGAAGGGACCUCAGCCUCGACCGGGCCUCUGCCCCUGGUGGACGGGCCUCGCAGCCCUCAGCCCACAACACGCGGUGGGGCAGCCCUUUUGGUGCCACCUGAGCUGAGCCUCCCCUUCCCCUCGAAGGACGGCCACCUACCCGCCACAGAAGCUAACGGCGAUAUCACCCUGGCUGGCCGUGGCAGGAGGGCUGCUCCUCGCGGCAUGCGUCGCAGGCGAGACGACGAACGUGCCGUGAGGCUGCCCCCUCUGAAUGAGGUCAAGAUUCCGCCCCCCAAGUUUGAUCUGGCCACCUCCAACUUCCCCCCCCUGCCUGGCUGCGUAGUAAGCACCCAGGAGGAACCCGUGCUGGAGAACCGGCUGUCAGACGUGGUGCGAGGCCUGAGUCGGGACAAGCUUGAUGGAAACAAGGAUUCCCCAGUCACUUCCACCAGCGGCCAUGAGGAGGAAAUCGCUGUUCCUAGUCCAGCCCAGUCCGUCUGCAAGCCUGUGCCAGUAGCCUUUGAGUCUCAGGGCUCCAGCGUCACCCAUCCGGAAAAGAAGGCUGACAAGGCUGAACCCCAAGUCCAGAAAGACUCUCCCCACGCGUCGGCUGCUAACUCCACGGUCCUCCUGGCCCCCUCCUCACAGCCGGUGCUCCCACAGCCGGCCCACACCACUAAACCUUUACGCAGCCAGUCGAACGCCUGUGGCGGACCCCCAGCCUCAGCCCAAAACAGCAACACCACACCAGAGCCCCGUAAAUUAAGCUAUGCGGAGGUGUGUCAGCGACCGCCCAAGGACCCUCCCCCUCCGACCGGCCCCGCAGCUGCCCCCAGCCAGCCCCUGCGGGAGCUCCGGGUAAACAAGGCAGAAGAUGCAAGCGGGCAGGGCCCCGCGGACCGGCCACGUACUGGGCACGGCCCCGGAGAACGACCGGACAAAACCCCCGAGAGGCCGCUGGGAGGCAAAGCAGCUGAGAUCCGACCACAGCGCGACUCCCUCGGUUCGCACCGUGGCAACGGGCCCCCCCAGGCCAAUGGCACGGGCCUCAAACUGCGUGAUCAGCAGAGACGUCUCCCCUUAGCACACCGUACCUCCCCGCAGGGGGGCCCCAGGCGCAGUGGCAAAGAGCAGAACGUCCCCCCAAGAUCGCCAAAGUAAAACUGAAGAACGAAUGUACAUGUAUACACAGAGAUGAAUAUAUAAGAAUAUAUAUUAUCAGAUUUAAAAGCGACUGAUCCUAACAAGACAGCGUUAUUUCCCUCCCUGAAUGGUGUGGAAAACCUUUGGGAAUCUUCUCACAAAACCAGCAGAAGAUGGUAUCCAGAGGUGUGGACUUUGGAAAGCAGUAGAUGGAGGAGGGAAGGUGUAGUCAUCUCAUUUAGUUUGAGGACUUGGUCCUCAGGAUCCAUGUGUGUGGGGUUUGCGUUUUUGUUUUUUUUGUUUGUUGUGGGGUCGGCGCAGGUUCCUUUGGGGAGAAAAAAAAUAAGCAUUUGAAUUUUACCUUUUGGGUGAAAGUUUAAACGAGCACUAAGAGAACCUGCAGUUAUGAACAUGAACUGGUCUCACCUGAACAAGAGAAUCUUCCGUGAUGAAAUGUGACUCAAAUUUGUAAUAGUUGAUUUGGCUUCAAUGUGAAUGCGUUUUGAAUCUGACUUGAGUUGGUGGGUUUGGGACUGUUUCUGGGGGAGGGGGGUGGAAUCUGGCUAGGGAUUUGAUUGGCUUGUUUGCCAAAAGAGAAGCCAUCGAGGAAUCCUCCUAAACUUACCACCUUGCACCUCCAGUCAGUGCCCUGUUUUUCACCAGUUGGAUUGUUGGUUGAGACCCUCGAGCCACCUCAGAAACAGCCCCAUUAUAACAGCAGGUCCCACCCGCCACUGAAGACCUGCCCUCAAUCUGAGCACCUGUUAGCACCAGGAACAUGAGUGCUAUCUCACCACUGCUCAGCUGCUCCUCUCCAGCAGGACCACUGUUACGAUCCUGUCAUGAACAGGUGACCUAACCGUGUCUGAUCCCAUCUCGUAGCUGCUCUCGACCAGGUCGUGUCUCCCUUGGGUGCCCUCUCCCCUGUUAUUGAAUGUAUUAGACAUUAUCACUUGUUUACGACUUUGUGGCUGAGUUUUGGGGAUGGCGUAAGGUGUUGCCCAUGAGUUGGCCAUCUUGUUGGAGCUGUGGUAUAAUCAGCAGUCUCUGUCACACUAACGAGCUGCAUCCUCGUAAUCAGUCUAACAAUUGCUGGUACAAUAAUUCAGAAGUAGUUCCGGGUUAAUCCACUCAGAUCAGGUCAUGUUUGGUCCUCAUUUCUGUGCUGAAAUGGCUCAUUCCAGCAUCUCUGCACACUGGUGGGUGAGAUUAGCUGCUUCAGCUACUCUUGCAACCUCUAAAGAGCAGAAAGUGUCGAGGGCUGGGAUUGACUUGCUGCAGCACUUCUGGUGAACUGUGGUGGGGGGGGGGGAUGCAUUCUUGAAACGCGUGGUUUCCUGUUUAGAUCAGUAGUAGCAUGGAUGGGGGGACCCUAAUUAGUCAGAUUUUGGUCAUUUGCUUUAUAGAUCAGGUGGGUUUUUUAAAUCAAAGGAAACCUGUACUGGGUUGGAUGGUCCCCCUACAUGCGAUUUCUGUCCACAGUUGAACCCUAGAUCUGAAGCCUGAGCUGGUCGCUGCUUUGGGCCUUGAUGUGAGCAGGCACACCGAUCGUGUGGUUUGCAUGACUGAUUGCACUUGAUGUCAUUCCCUCCAGCAUGUCAGUCAUUUCUAACAACUUUGCCCAUCGAGAAGAUUAUAGGCUUCAGUCUGUAUCCUAUAAAUGUUGCACUGGUUAUCGCACAGUAGUGCAAACCUUGAUUUGGCUAAGCGUGCUCAAGCCUUAUCUUUUUAAGUGCGUUCUGUUCCCAGACUUGUUCAUAAGAGACUCUGAAGACCAGUAAACACUUCAUUGUUGUUGACAUGAAAGUAAAUCAGGGAGCAGGGAGCUGUAGACUCUCAUGCUGAAGAUGGUCCCUCUUGGGUUUUUACAUCCUGUGGCCAUUUAUGUAUCCACCCCCCCCCCCCCUUAAAAAAUGGUAAUUUUAGUAGUGCUAGUAAAUUCUGAUGUUUGGGAUGCCAGAUUGGUACAGAUAUACCAAACGGGUAAAUAGGAAUGGCCAGUUUCAGCUCUGCCGUUAUGGCUGCGACAUUGGUGGAGUCCAAUGGUCAAUGACAUCAGCUAAAAGUAUAAUCUGGUUUGGAGUUUUGGAGCGGAGUCAGGUCUGUCUGAAGACUAAACAUUUCCUCAGUGAUGGUCUGGACCAUCUGAAAGGAGCUGACUGUGAACAGGAAUGUGCCGUUCACUAUGAUGAUAUUCCCUCUCCUGUUGCCUAUGGUAACCCAGGCAGUGAUCUGGGGCUUCCCAUGGUCUCAAUGGGCUUGGAGUGGGUGAUGCUUUGGUGGGGGAGCCCAGUUAUUCAUAUUCCCCAGAAGUAUAUAUAUUUAUAUUUAAAGUGGAAUAUAUGAAAAUAAAUGAAGUGUUUUUUUGUCUAAGUAUCAUAUGUAUGUCUUGCAGCUACUGUUAUGGAAAAAUCGUUUUAAAAUGGAGUGUGUUGGCAAUGGCUGAACACACCUACUGCUUUUGAGUGUUGUGUCCCUAUAUAUUCAUCUGCUCUUACCCCAAAUGAGUGUUGGAGGGUAACCAAAAGGCUUCUUAUCAGACAGGUAUAUUUACUUAUUUCUUACACCACCACCAUCAUCCUCUCACAGUUCUUAACCAGGUUAAGUACUUCCAAGACCAAAGGCAAGCUAGGCCAUUUUAAUAUGGUUACUCUGUUCCAUCCCCUGUGUAUAGUCCAGAUGGCCCUUUUUCUGUUAGAUUUCUGAUCUUUUGGGGCAAAGUUUGUUUUACCUUCACUGACAAAAUGGUUUGGCACCUAGCCAUACACUAUAUCAUGAAUUAAUGGUAGAUCCAGUAGACCUAACCUUGACCUGAGCAGCUGUCAAUGAUUAAAAGUCUAGGUUUGAUUAGCGUUUUUUUUUUUUUAAAUCCAUAUGUACAAUGCUGUUUAUGUACAGGUUUUUGUUUCAUGAAGUAGUGUGAAAUAGUGUUCAGUACUACUUUUUGUUUAUAUGGUUCAAGAUUAGCUGACAGCAUCUUUGGUGCACCAACUGGUAUGAAGUGGAGUUGGUGUGCCGCAAAGCGCUGGGACAGCUCAUCUUUACUAACAGCAUCUAGUGCUCUUGUCAAACGGGACGAGUGUGAAAAAUGUCAUGUGAUGUGUGCGAUCAUUUUUAGAGUAUGUUCAAUGUUAGCAAGCUUUCUGAAAUCUGCAGGAAUGUGCUUUUAUUUGAUUAGGGCUCUAUGUAUAGCAGUAGAUGAGUGUGAGACAUUUUGCAGUCUAAACAAAACCUGUUUCAAAAGAAAAUAAAGUACAGUUAUCUUGUUUUGGCCUUAAAGUGUUUCUGGGUCAUGCGUGUGCAGCGUUGCCGUUUAAGCUGGCGCUCUGAGCUCUGUAGCGCCACUGGGGAUGUGGUGGAUCAGUCGCACAUCCCAUAUAUAUGCUUGGCAGCAUGAGGUGACCUGUAGGAUGAGUUUUAACAGCUUGCCUGCAUUAAACACACAGCAUCCACGCAUUCUCCAGUGAGAGCCGGCUGUUUCACCACUGUUAUGUAAGAAAUAAACUAGCCAAAAUGAUCGUGCCUUGUUUACCCCCUCUCCCUAUCAGAGAGAGUGCAUGAAAUACCGCAGCCCUCAGGUCCACCCUCAAGUUGGUAAUUCCCACAGAACCUUCAGGAACUUCACACAUUGCUCCCGUUUAUGGUGUCACAUAAUACCCUUUUUUUUUUUUCCUUAUGGUGACCAAAAUGAACCUUUGCUUUAAUGCAGGAGUUUUCUUUUAUUUUGCUAAUGUCUGUGAAACAACCCAGUCUCCCCCACAGAGAUCCACCCUUAAUUAGGCCAUGUUUCACACUUGCUACAACAUGGUGGUGGAUCUGGUGAAGAUGGGCUGUGAACUGAAUGGCUUCACUAAACAUAUGGCUUUUUCCAGUGCUAAAAUGUUGUGGGUGUUUGAGCAUGGUGGUAUGGUAACCAUUUGGGCCGUUGGAGAUUCCAUUCUCUGUGAAGCUGGGUAGGGUGGCCAUCAAGAUUUCCUUUUUUUUUUUUUUUUUUAGAAAAACAUCUUAACUGCAAAGCUGUACACUUAAUUCUUAAACUCAUAAGGUAGAGUAACUGGAUCAGUCACUAUUGACUGCUUGUUCAUAGUCAUGUUUCAAUGAUUCUUAUGCUAAACGUAUUUUUUUUUUUAAAAUUUCCUUUUACUUUUGUCUACUUGGUUUUGAAUCUGUGCUUUAAAGUGCAUAAUCUAUAGACUUGAUUUGUCUUUAGGCCCCAUCAAUGGUCCUAUCUACAGAACUGCAAGAGAUCUUUUGUUUCAUUAUAGCAGACUGGGAUGACUGUAAAAACUGUGUCCAUCUUUACAGUAUUGAUCUUUGCUUUAGGUGUGUUUUUUAUCACAGCCAAUUAGUAUGGAAUGUAGAGUAAUUUAUCACAAAGCUAGUCUAAUAUGAUUACAUUCUUGAAAUGUUUUUUUUUCCACACCUUGCAAUUACUGAGUGAGUUGCCCCACCCAAUGUGUUUAAUUAGGACUAACAAACUAAACCAAGACAUUCAUGAACUGACAGCUUUGAAUUCUGUAACUGCAGAAGGUUGUGUGCUUUUAUGUGAUCUGCCGUUUCCAUGUAUGCUUGUCAUUUCAAAUGUUGUCUAAGUGUAAGUCAUUGCAUUUCUGGAAGUGACAGGGGUCACCUGAACACCGCUGACGUCGAUCCCCAAACAUGUGGGGUCUUUGUAUCCGUCAGGUUUGCAAACCCCUUUCUUUGUGCAUGUGACUUCAAAUUUGUUUGCUAAAAAAAGAGUUCAAAUUUUUGUAAGUGAUCAAAACAGCAAAUCAACAUGAAGAAGGUGAUGCAUCUAAUAAAUACUAGGGGUUUUUGUUUCAAUGAAACUACUGUGUGAUCUCAGCUGUAGGAAUUUUUUUAUUUUGCUUAAAUCCCUUUAAUACCAAAGUUGUUGCUGGGGAGUGGGGGUGGGAGAGAGCAGUGUGUGUGCGUGCCUGUAUCUUACAUGUUUGUCACUUACUUUACCGUUGCUCUGUUUUGCAUACAUUUCUCAGUGGGAUGGGUGAGACUGUACUGGAGGGGUGGGACAUGGACUUAAGUAAUGCAACAACCUGCUAGCUUAAAAAAAAAGCAAAAAUCCACUCUUCCUGUUGAGUUUGCUGGAACACAAAGUAAUUAUACCUGAUAUCUGAUUGCUGAUUGUGUUAUUGCAAAGGUGAAAAAAUACAAAACAAAAAUCUAAUAAAAUUUAUCUUUAAACAUUUUA